AUGGUCAAGGAAAACAACAGAAAUCCUUUGCAGCUGAAGUCAAUAAAUCACAUCUCGAUUGUUUGUCGAUCACUAGAGAAAUCUCUUGAUUUCUACCAAAACGUUCUUGGGUUCUUUCCUGUAAGGAGACCUAGCUCAUUGAACUUUGAUGGUGCAUGGUUGUUCAGCUGUUACGGCAUUGGCAUACAUCUGUUGCAAUCUGAAGACCCUGAAAUCAUGCCCAAGAUCACCGAGAUUAAUCCCAAGGACAACCACUUCUCUUUCCAAUGUGAGAGCAUGGCAAUGGUGGAGAAGAAACUGGAGGAGAUGGAGAUAAAGUACGUAAAGACAAGAGUAGAGGAAGAUGGAAUGGAGGUUGAUCAAUUGUUUUUCCAUGACCCAGAUGGAAUGAUGAUAGAAAUUUGCAACUGCGAUAACCUUCCUGUUAUCCCACUAGCCCAUGAUGUUAUGUUUUCUUGCUCAUUUAAUCACAAAUUGUAA